AUGGACAAGGUAACUAAAUCAGUUGAAUUGAUGCACACUGUCAAUUCUGUCACCAUAAAGUUGGGUGCCAUCUGCCAUCUGCAGAGUAUCAAAACUUCUUCUAGAUCAAAGAAAGCUAAUCCAGAAUCAACCAUAGUCAGUGCAAGAAGGUUAUACAAGGUAGAUGAUAUUUCAUCAGAGAGGUAUACUACAGUGAAGAUAUAA